AUGCUGCCUGGCAAGACCCUGCGCAAAGCCACGCCACCAGCCUCUCCUGCAGGGCGGGAGGCGGCGGUGGCCGAGUGCGCCCGGGAGCUGAUCCGCAUCGGCGACAGGUGGGACCUGCGGCAGAGGAUCCUGAACCUGCUCAGCAAGCUGUUCUGCCCGGAGAUUUGGUCUGCCCGCGAACAUGGCGCGCAGAACGGCAGGGGAUGAUGACCUUGGCUUUAUGGUUUGGAACAAGAGACUUCACAGACACCGGGAGAUGAAGAAACCUUGGAAAUUUAGUUGCAUUGUGUUUAGCUGCCUGUAGCCGUCUAAGGAUGGCUAUCACAUGAUUUCUCUGAAGAAUGUUACAGCAAUAUUUGCGUGUGAAUGCCAGGUGGGAAAAAAAAUAGCGAUGGGCAGAGCCCCUCACCUUGCAGUGGUGAACUGGGGGGAGAUGGUGACGUGGGGAGACUUGGGGCAACUUGCCUUUCACCGUGGUCUGAGGAGCCUUCCAGGAACCUGGUUUCCCAAGUCGCCCUCUGGUCCUCAUGUCCCACAGCCAUGUUUCACCAAGGAGCUCAGACCACCUCAGGAUGAAACCAAAAAAAGUGGCAGUGUCUUGGAACUUGGGAUCAUGAAUUCCACAGCAAAAGCCAGUUGCUGGGUUUUUGACUGCUGUCCUUUUCUAAAGCCUGGAUCCUGCUGGACAGGGAUCUGGUGAUGGGAUUAUAUAAUUCAUUCAAGAAAACCACUAUCUUUGUUGAAUGGUUUU